GCCACAUCCUCCCUAAGGAGGGAACGACAUUCCAGCAUUAGAUUUAAGCCAGUGGAGGGAAAUAAAUCCGAAAUAGAUAAUGGUGAUGUUAACGGCCAGUUCCGGUGGGAAGACAGGAGCGAACAUCCUGUCAUCAGCAGGGGCAGCGUGAUGUUCAGUCCUAGGACUAAUACCCAAAGAUUUGACAGCUUCUCUAGCUCUUCUACAACUGCAAAUGAACCCCUGAAACAACAGGAAUCCCGCAUGCUGCUGCAGAACCCAAAACUGGUGGAAAAUCCACGUGCCCUGCUCCUAUUGCUGCAUCAGAAGAAUCUGGAAAUCAAGGGGCUGAAAAACGCUUCCCAGAAAGAUCCAUCUGACCGGCUUGGCUGUAUUUUGCAGGAGCUUGUGAAAUCCAGGCAGAAAGCACCACAAAGGAAAAGUUCAACUGAAAAUGCCCUUCAAAAAGAAGUAGAUCAACUGAAUGCUGAACUGACAGCUGUCAAGAAAAAACAUGAGCAGGAGUUGCAAAAGUUGGAGGAUAAACUCAUGAAAUCAAAAUUGGACGUCCUGCACUUGCAGGAUGCAGUAAGAAUCCUGACAGAAAAAGCUGAGGAAGAAAUAGACACAGAGUCGAGUAUGUCACAGGAUGAAGGGACAAAAUUAGCAUGCGAGUGCUUUGAGCUCUGGUCAGAGAAGGGAAAAAGGAUAACAUCAGACACAAGUGAUCUAAGGCUUCGGAGAAUUCCAAAGCACACCAGCUUUGUGGAUGCCUUUAAUAAGUUUGGAAGUGUCUCUCUGUCUGAAGAGGAGAAAGGUGAAAUAAUCAAUAAAUUAGAGACAGUCGCUGAAAUAGCACAACUUCAUAGCAUCACAGAUGAGAGCUCACAGGAAAGCUUAGGAACCGAGAGUCAGUUGCCUUCUUCACAAUCCUCCAUAGCUGUCCUCACCUCUCAGAAAUCAGAUCUCACUUUAUCUACAACCGAGACCAAGAUGACAGAAUCCUCUUUGAGUCUGCCACCAUCACUGGAGAAAGUUGAACAGGGGAUAUCCACCCACAUGGUUCAUCCCUUGGAGCCUUGGAGGCUAACUCAACCUGGUCUUACCCUUGGGCAGCCAUCAGAUGAAGAGAGAUGCACCCACGUUAUGUCGUCCCCAUUCAUAGAAAAAUGUAAAUGGUGUCAUAGUGUCACAAGCCCUCUCAGGAUUGUCAGUGUACAUCGUACAGGCAAAUUUGUUCGAAUCUUCAACUCAUGGUUGAACAAGGAGGUAGACCUCAGUAGCUACGUCAUCCAGCAGUGGGUUGGAGGUUACCCAGUGUCUAUCUACCGUUUCCCAAGUGGCACCAUUCUGCCUGCACAGCACCACAUCACUGUCUGGGCUGCAGGGGCUAACCUUGCUCAUGAGCAUCCUUCAGACAAGUUGUCAGGCCCACGGUUUUUCAGAGCAGGCCCAGAAUGCACCACCAUCCUCUGUGACCAGAGUGGCCAGACUGUGUCGCAACACACAAACCCUCACCAGGUAACGGCAGCUGCAGCAGCCUACAGUGACAAUGUGGACCUUUCAGUGGACAAGUUUCCACUCAAGGAUGAUGGUGAUGAUGACGAUGAUGACGAGGUGGAGGAGGGACCUAAUCAGUUGAAGCUUCCCUUAAGGAAAGCGUCAUACUCACGAAAUCGUAAGAAAGACAGGGAUUCAGGCAUCUUGAUAAAGAAAAGAUACACAAGACACUAUUCUGUUGAUUCUUCAGCCAGUAGCAAGUUAUCAAAUAGCCAUUCCACAGGAGCCAAGAAACAAAUCAGAGAUUCAAGUACCUCUUCUGGCUCAUUUUUCUUUUCCACAAUAAAUCUACCUCCAGAUUUGGUCAAGGAGAGCGUGUCUUCAUCCAGCGAGGGAGAUUAUUUUGCUUUGCAGUCACGACAACCCAAAUAUGAGGAACCAGAAACUAGAGAGUUCAAGACUACAUUGGAUACUACACUUCCCAUGGUGUCUCUGAUAGGACAGAAGAGUGCUCGCUCAAAGUAUGGUUUCAAGUUCAUGACUCACCUUCCUACCACCACUGAUCUGCAUUUAAGGCGCUACUGUCCUGCUAGAUGA